AAAAAUUAAUUUCUUCUGAGGUUUACUGCAGUUAAUUAUAUGUGCGGAAAAUGCCACAUUAAUGCUGAAAUAAAAAACGUGCAUCACAAUUUUUUCAAAAUGAAGAAAAUAUACUUUUAUCUCGCAAAGCUUUCUGACAACUUGGAGCCAAAGCAAAAAUACUAUCAACAUUGCGGUUUGGUCGAGUGUUCCGUAUGGUUUCCGCUUAGCCUUUUUUUAUCAUCAUCAGGCUGAUAAGAAGCCUAUAAUUUACUAUUCUUUUUACUCUCCCUGGCUGACUGGAUUCGUAUUAAAAUAACUGACGAUAUGCGAUGCAGAGGAACAAAAAUUUGCUUUAUUCUCUUAUUGUUCACAAGUUUUGUUUACGUCUCAUUUGUUUUAGUUCAGCGCAACGAUGAUAUUCCUCAUUCUUUUGAGGAUUGCAUUAACGAGUGUUUGGUGAAAAAUCAUGUGGCCAAAAAUAUAAACGAAGGAAUAAAAAAAGAUACCAUUAAUCCGUGGAAGAUUUGUCCCGCGCCUGGAGAAGGUCAACAGACAUUCGUCACCGCCAAAAUACACGGCCGGCUGGGAAACGUGGUUUGGUCCUACUUGACUGUUCUGGCGGCCGCAAAAAGACACAAGCUAAGGCCCGCACUUCAGGAAUCAAACAUAACUGUUCUGGCUCAAUAUUUCACAAAUACUUCCCUGAAAAUUCCGUCCCUGCAGUGGUUAGACAAGCAGUGCAACAUGGACGGAUGGCUUGAAAACGGUUAUAAAAACGAUGAAAAUGUACUGGGAAGUCGGGAGAUCCUUUUCACUAAACUAGAAGCUACCCCAAAGGAGGGCAAUAAGUUACUUUUUUUUGGUUACUACGCGACCAACACUGAAGAACUGGUUCCUUAUUGGAAUGAAUUGAAAAAUGAGCUAGAACUAAAGGGGGAAUACACGGCCGAAGCUUUCAGACGGUUGAAAAAUAUUAUAAAAAAGCACCAAGAUAAAGAUAAGAUAAAAAUUGACAGAGUCGAAUUUGUUGGUGUUCACGUGCGGCGAACCGAUUAUGAGAAACACUUUCUAAAAAUUUUCCCUGGUUCAGAGAUUGCAAGCCCAAAAUUUUUCCACAAUGCGAUGAAUUGGAUGCGCCAGAAACUAAAUAAAUGUCUUAUUUUUGUGGUGGUCAGCGAUGACAAUGAAUGGGCACAGAAAAACAUCGUUGCCAAUAGAACUGACACAUACUUAGGAGGUGAUGGUCUUAGUAAGCAGCCAGGUGCCGAUUUGGCGCUUCUCGCCGCCUGCAACCACACGAUUUUCGCUUAUGGCACUUUUGGACUAACAGGCGCCCUCUUAGCAAAUAAUCCUGGAGGCUACACAAUAAUUUUUGACCCUCUGAACGGGACCGUGACAAAAGAAAUGGAACUCGGUGCCAACUUGCCGAGAUGGCGAAUCAUGGAUGGAAAUGGAAAUUUUAAUUAUGAAAAUUCAGAAAUUAAAUAUAGAUACUAUUUGUGACCUGUAUUUACAUAAUAAUAAUUUCACAUUAGAAUUGAAUGAAAUAGGCGAAGUUUAAAAUUUAAUGUUCUAUUUUUCCAAAUUUCUGAUUUAUGAUAAAAAUCGUUUGAUUAAGUGAGAUAAAGUAAGUGGCUGAAAAUUGUUCUCUGCGGCAAUUAGAGCCCGUCCUAAUCUUGAUUUCCCCCAAAAAAUUUCCUAAACAAUUGCAUUUUUUGAAAAUUAAAAGAAAAAAAUUGGAGUUUGCUUCCACGGCAUAGUAAUUGCGAUCAGCAAGGAUCCCAAAUUGUGAACAUAAAAUUGGGACAGAUUAAAAAAAAUUAAAGGAGUAUCAGGUAAAGGAAUUUCACUUUCCAUUAUUUACUAGCAAAGUUUUCAAAGCUGCAACCGAGGCAAAUGCAAGAGAUUAUUCGUUUUGAUUGUUUUCCUUACGGCUUCCGCUUAGGCUCGCAUUUUUUUAUUAUCUAAGUAAGUUCUAUUUUAUUUACCCCUUUCCUCUCUCCGGCAUGGCACACUAGCAAUACAAUUACUGCCAAUAUGCGUUACAGUGGCACGAAGUAUUGUUUUGUUCUUAUUAUUAUCGUAUUUUUCAUGACAAAUGUCUUCUUGUUCGUUUUAAUUAGGAAUUGGAUCGCUUGCGAUAUUCAGCCUUUCUUUGAAGAUUGCAGUAGUACUUGUUUGGUUUCAACGGAUCGUAAGGCCUCGAAAAAUGGUUUCGAAUUUCUUGAUCCCUGGAAAAUUUGUCCUGCGCCAGGCAAAAGUCACAUCUUCGUCACCGCACACGUGGACGGUCGCCUGGGAAACGUGGUUUGGUCCUACUUGACUGUUCUGGCGGCCGCAAAAAGACACAAUUUAAGGCCCGUCUUUAACGAAUCCAGCAUAGAUGUUUUGGCUAAAUAUUUCAAAAGAUCUUCGCUAAGAAUACCAUCACUGCAGUGGCUAGAUGAGCAGUGCAACUUCGACGGAAAGCUCGAAAAUGCUAAUCAUAAUGCAUACAUUUUACUAAGAAGUCGGAAGGACCUUUUCAGAGAACUGGAAACUUUCCCAAAAGAGAGCAAUAAGUUACUUGCUUUUAGUUACUAUGUGACCAACACUGAAGAACUGGUUCCCUAUUGGAAUGAAUUGAAAUAUGAACUAGAACUUGAGGAGGAAUACACGGCUGAGGCUUUCAGACGAUUGAAAAAUAUUACAAAAACGCACCAGGAUAAAAUGAUGGAAAUUGACAAGGUUGAAUUUGUCGGAGUCCACGUGCGGCGAACCGAUUAUAUGCGGCACAUGGGACUAGUUCACCCCGGUUCAAUGGUUGCUAGUCCGAAAUUUUUCCACAAUGCAAUGAAUUGGAUCAGCCAGAAAGUAAAUAAACCUCUGAUCUUUGUGGUGGUCAGCGAUGACAGUAAAUGGGCCCAGGAAAACAUAGUUUCCGAUAGAAAUAACACCUACUUAGGAGGUGAUGGUGAUAGUGAGCAGCCGGGCGCUGAUUUGGCGCUACUCGCCGCCUGCAACCACACGAUUUUCGCUUAUGGCACUUUUGGACUAACAGGCGCCCUCUUAGCAAAUAAUCCCAAAGGCUACACAAUAAUUUUCAACCCUCUGAACGGGACUGUGACAAAAGAAAUGGAAUUUGGUGCCAACUUGCCGAGGUGGCGAAUCAUGGAUGAAGAUGGAAAUUUUGAUUAUGGAAAUUCUCAUAUUAUAUACAGUGGCAUGAAGAGUUUCUUUUUCCUCCUAGUUUUUUCAAGUGGUGUUUUCAUCUUAUUUUUAAUCCGAGAUUGGAAAGACAAUGAUAUUCUGAUUGCACCACUUGCCGAGGACUACAUUAAUGGCAGUUUGGUGUUGACGAAUCAUACGGUUGCAAAUAAUGUGACCGAAAGCGAAAGUCUUGAUCCGUGGAGGAUUUGUCCUGCGCCAGGUAAAAGUCAAAUCUUCGUCACCGCACACGUGGACGGUCGCCUGGGAAACGUGGUUUGGUCCUACUUGACUGUUCUGGCGGCCGCAAGAAGACACAAUCUAAGGCCCGUCUUUAACGAAUCCAACAUUGAAUAUUUGGCUAAAUAUUUCAAAAGAUCUUCGCUAAGAAUACCAUCACUGCAGUGGCUAGAUGAGCAGUGCAACAUGGGCGGAUGGCUCAAAAAUACUUUUUAUAACGGAAGCAUUUUAGGACUCGGCAGUCGGAAGGACCUUUUCAGAGGACUAGAAUUCAACCCAAAAGGGCAGGAACAUAAAUUAUUUAAUUUUGGUUACUAUGUGACCAACACCGAAGAACUGGUUCCUUAUUGGAAUGAGUUGAAAUAUGAACUUCAACUAGAGGAAGUAUACACGGACAAAGCUUUCAGACGGUUGCAAAAUAUCACACAAAAGCACCAAGAAAAAAUGAUAAACAUUGAUGAAGUUGAAUUUGUCGGGGUCCACGUGCGGCGAACGGACUACAUGUCGCACAUGGGACUAGUUCACCCCGGAGCAAUGGUUGCUAGUCCGAAAUUUUUCCACAAUGCGAUGAAUUGGAUCAGCCAGAAAGUAAAUAAACUUCUGAUUUUUGUGGUGGUCAGCGAUGAAAACGAAUGGGUCCAUGAAAAUAUCGUUGCCGAUAGAAAUGACACCUACAUAGGAGGUGAUGGUGAUAGUGAGCAGCCGGGCGCCGAUUUGGCGCUUCUCGCCGCCUGCAACCACACGAUUUUCGCUUAUGGAACCUUCGGACUAACAGGCGCCCUCUUAGCAAAUAAUCCUGGAGGCUACACAAUAAUUUUCGACCCUCUGAACGGGACCGUGACAAAAGAAAUGGAAUUCGGUGCCAACUUGCCCAGAUGGCGAAUCAUGGAUGAAAGUGGAAAUUUUAAUUAUGAAGAUUCUGAAAUUAAAUAUAGAUACUAUUUGAGACCUUAAUUUGGGUUGGCUCAUUGCCUUAGUGUUUCUGACUCUUUUUCACAUUUGAUACAUUUUUCAAAUAUUUAUUAUAUCUAUCUGUUUGUAUUUUUUAACCGUCGGAGAUUAUUGGGAAUCACGCAUCUGUGGCUAAAAGUCAGUUCAUUAAGCUCGGCGCAGUUUUUCCACCACCAAAGGCGAUACAUCCCUUAAAAAAAAAAGUUGGUGAAAAGUUUUUUUGCCACCCGCACAUCAGCAGGCUCGGCCUUACUGUAAUCAUUAUGUUGUUAUGGGACUUUUGGACCAUAAGGACUCGGCCCUCGUACGAUUUUGUGACGAGAAUUUCUGAAUGCGGCAGAGAAAAAUAACACGCCGGCGUGGGGCGGCGCAGCACGAGAGCGGCAUCGACUUUUUGCCUCCGCGUCUAAUUUCUUGCCACACCGCCUACGCCAGACGAUAAUGCUGCGCUCCGU